CACGUGUUUUUGAUUACUUUAAUCGUCUUCGCGUUAGGCGAAGUAUAUGUAGUAUGCAAUGUUUUUGAUUGUACAUAAUGUGUGUAACGAGAAUCGAUGUUUUCUUGAAUACCCGACGCUAUGGCGCGUAUCAAUGAAUGUUGUGUAAAUAAUAAAUGAGAACAAAUUGAGUAAUUGUAUAAAUAAUAAAGAUUAUAAAACAUGGCGGUUGUAAUAGAAACUACAGUAGGAGACUUUACUGUUGAUUUGUACACAGACGAACGUCCGCAAACAUGUCGAAAUUUUCUAAAAUUAUGCAAAUUAAAGUAUUACAACUGGAACUUGUUCCAUUCUGUCCAGGGCAAUUUUAUUGCCCAAACUGGAGACCCUACUGGCACUGGGAAAGGGGGAGAAAGUGUCUAUGGGAUUAUAUUAGGCGAAAAGGCACGAUAUUACGAGGCAGAACAAAUGCCAAAGAUAAAACACGACAGAAGCGGUCUAUUGUCUAUGGUCAAUUGCGGCAAUAAUAUGCUCGGAUCUCAAUUCUUUGUUACCCUUGCACCCGAGCUCCAAUCCUUAGACGGAGAACAUUGUGUGUUCGGUGAAAUUACAGAGGGUUUAGAGAUUAUUUUUAAAUUCAAUGAAACAAUAUGCGACGGAGACCACAGACCAUACCAAGAUAUACGUAUUUCUCAUACUGUUAUUUUGGAAGAUCCUUUCGAAGAUCCCAAAGAUUUUGUUGUUCCUGAUAAGAGUCCACCACCUACAAAAGAAUGUUUAAUGAGCGACAGAAUUGGAGCGGAUGAAGUAAUAGACGAUACGGCUGGUAUGACCGUCGAAGAAAUCACAGAGAUGCAAAAAGAGAAGGAGGCCAAGGCGAGAGCUACUAUUUUGGAAAUUGUUGGUGACAUUCCAGAUGCAGAGAUGGCUCCUCCUGAAAAUGUUCUCUUUGUUUGUAAAUUGAAUCCCGUCACGAACGAUGACGAUCUUGAAAUUAUUUUCAGCAGAUUUGGGAAAAUUGUUGGUUGCGAAGUUAUUAGAGAUCGACAAACCGGAGAUUCUCUGCAAUACGCGUUUAUUGAGUUUGCAGAGCGCAAAAGCUGCGAGGAAGCUUAUUUUAAGAUGGACAACGUGUUGAUCGACGAUCGCCGCAUACAUGUAGACUUCUCGCAGUCAGUAGCCAAAAUGAGAUGGAGGGGCAAAGGCAAAGGAAUACAAUACUUUGACGAGAAAAAUGACGAACUGGACAAUGGAAACCGAAAGAAAGUGAGUUCGAGAAACAGAAAGAGAGAUGAAACCGACGACGAGAUGGGAGAUCGUAGGCAAAAUGAGACCAAAUACCAGGAGGAUGUAACGGAUCACAGGAAACACGAACGCAGGAAAGAGUCGAACAAGGAAGACUCGGAGUACUCGCGAAAUGGUGCAAAGUACGCGGAGAAAGAAAAAUACAGAGUAGGGAAAUAUCGCGAUGAUUCGCGCGAAAGGAACGAUCAUGACGUCAAACGAAAAAAAGCAAGGAAACACAGGAGCAAGGACAGAAGCAGAGGUCGAAGUCGAGACAGAAGCAAGGAUAGAGAUCGAAGCAAAAAGGACGUUCAUAAAGAACAUAGGCACAAUAAAAAAUACGAUGGCGAGAAAAAAAGAAAGGAUAGGGACAGUUCUAGUUCCGACAGCGACGGUUCGAGGCACGGAAAACACGAAGAAAAACAUUUGAAUUACAAAAAGAAGCGUAACAGAGAUCGUUCCGCAGAGAGGUACAGAAAAUCGGAAAAGUACAAGCAGAAAAGAAAAUAAUGUAAAUAACAUAAUAUUCACCUAUCAUUCGAAUUCUCAUUGAUGCUAAUUUAGUCGUGCACACGUACAUAUUAAAAAAAAAAAAAUAAUCGAACGAUCGAUGAACCACCACUG